AUGGCUGCACAGACAACUACCGAGACCAGAAAUCAUGAUGAAUACACGGUGGGAUGGGUCUGCGCUCUGUCCAAGGAGCAGACCGCGGCGACGGCCAUGCUCGAUCAAAGACAUGCCGAUCUCCCGAAACCGCCAAAUGACCCCAACACAUACACCCUGGGGUCUAUCGGCAACCAUAAUAUCGUGAUAGCCUGCUUGCCAGAAGGCGAGAUCGGCACCCAUGCGGCGGCGACUAUCGCGACUUGGAUGAUUUCCACUUUUCCACUCAUUAAGCUCGGCUUGAUGGUUGGUAUCGGUGGAGGCAUCCCACCCAAGGUUCGACUUGGCGAUAUCGUGGUUAGCACACCCGUGGGCCAGUAUCCUGGGGUAGUUCAAUGGGACUUCGGCAAGGCAGAGGAAGGCGGCAACUUCAAGCGGACCGGAUCGCUGAACAAUCCACCUACCUCCCUCCGCACGGCUUUGACGAAACUGAAGACGGAGAAUGAGUUGAACGGUUCCAAGAUACCCAAGUAUCUGGACGAGAUGAAACAGAAAUAUCCACGACUGGCGCCGAAGUAUCUGAGAACCGAGUCGCUCGAGGAUGUGUUGUUCAAAGCAGAUUACGGCCACGUCAGCGAGAACACCACGGAUUGCGAUGUUGCGCCGGAUAGUGAUGACGGAGAAGAGGAAGAAGCGGAAGAGGAGAGCUGCAAAUUCUGUGAUAGAUCUAAGAUCGUGAAGCGGAAGGUUAGGGAUAUGUGCGUACAUUACGGUCUUAUCGCAUCUGGGAACCGGGUCAUCAAGGAUGCUUCCUUCCGAAAUAGACUUAAAAAGGACCUUGAUGGCCAUGUGCUCUGUGUGGAAAUGGAAGCGGCGGGAUUGAUGAACAACUUCCCAUGCAUCGUCAUCCGAGGCAUCUGCGAUUACGCAGACUCGCACAAGAACAAAGACUGGCAGGAGCAUGCUGCAGCUGUGGCUGCAGCGUUUGCAAAGGAACUUCUGGAAUAUGUUCAGCCAGGUGACGUUAGCGGAGAGCGCCCUGUGAAGGAAAUACUUAGCCAGGUUCUUGAUGAUACAUGCACAAUUCGACAAAACACCACACAUACCCGGGCCAAGUUGGACAGAAAGGAAGAUGCUGAGAUUCUUGAUUGGCUCACACCUAUCGACUACGGCCCACUGCAAAGUGAUUACCUUGGCAGACGGCAAGCAGAAACCGGGAAUUGGCUCCUUCAGUCAGAGGAGUUCUUGAAUUGGCUAGCUGCGAGCAAGCAGACGCUGUUCUGCCCAGGUAUACCUGGUGCUGGAAAGACGAUCCUAACGUCAAUCGUAGUCGAUUUCCUCAAUUCAAGGUUUGACAAGGACUCGGAGAUUGGCAUCGCGUACAUCUACUGCAACUUCCGGCGGCAACAUGAGCAGAAGAUUGGUGACUUGCUGGCGAGUGUGCUGAAGCAGCUGACCCAAUGCCGGUCUUCCCUGCCAGAUAGCGUCAAGAAUGUUUACGAUCGGCACAAGACCAAACGAACGCGGCCAUCCCCCGAUGAAAUCUUAGGACUCCUUCAGUCGGUGGCGGCGAUGCAUUCGAGGGUCUUCAUCAUCGUUGACGCACUUGACGAAUGCCUAGCAUCCGAUGGAUGCCGGAUGAGGUUCCUCUCGGAGCUUUUCAACCUUCAGACAAGGCACGAGACGAACCUUUUUGCGACGUCGAGAUUCAUUCCGGAGAUCAUGGAUCGCUUUGAAACCAGCCUAUCAAUAGAGAUUCGUGCAAGCCCCGGCGAUGUGACAAGAUACCUCGAAGGUCACAUGGGGCAGCUACCAUCUUUCGUCAGGCAGGACCAACAGCUGCAAGAGGAGAUUACGGCGGGUAUCUCAGAAGCCAUCGAUGGAAUGUUUCUCUUGGCACAACUCUAUCUUCAUUUGCUUGCCGAUAAGCUGACACUAAAUGAAAUCCGGAGUGCAAUGGUGACAUUCCGGAAGCAAGGUCAAGGAUUAGGCGAAGAUCAGAAGAAUGAAGUCCUUGCUCGUGCGUACGAACAAGCCAUGGAGAGAAUCAACGGACAGAUGCCAGGAAUGAAGACACUUGCGAUGAGGGUCCUAUUAUGGAUCACGUGCGCGAAGAGACAGCUUACUACAUCAGAACUUCAGCAUGCCCUCGCAACAAAGACGGGAAUGUCUGAGCUUGACUGUGGCGACCUGAUAAACAUCGGAGACAUGGUCUCUGUAUGCGCUGGACUGGUAACGGUCGAUGAAGAGAGUGGCAUUAUCAGACUGGUUCACUACACAACACAAGAAUACCUCAAGGGGACACAGGAACGAUGGUUUCAGCACCCAGAGUCUGUAAUCACGACAGCCUGCGUUACCUACCUCUCAUUCACCGUCUUUGAGACAGGGUUCUGUGAAACGAACUACAAGUUUGAGGAGCGAUUGCGAUCAAGUCCGUUCUACGAUUACGCCGCGCAUAACUGGGGUCAUCAUGCUCGCAAUGAUUCAACGCCCGCCAAGGAAAACGACGGGACUACAUCUAGCAGUCCAGAGUUGGAGGAUGCUUACGGCCGUACGCCGCUAUGGUAUGCUGCCCAGAACGGACACAAGGCCGUCGUCGAGCUGCUACUAGUAGCAGGAGCUAAUGUCAAUGCUGCUGCUGCUGCUGCUGCUGCUGAUGAAGGACGGACUGUACUCCAGGCAGCAGCUGGAGAGGGUCAUCUCGAAGUCGUCAAGAGGCUGCUAGUAGCAGGAGCCAAUAUCAAUGCUACUGCUGCUAAAGGGCAGACUGCACUCCAGGUAGCAGCUGGAGAAGGUCAUCUCGAAGUCGUCAAGAUGCUGCUAGCAGCAGGAGCUAAUGUCAAUGCUGCUACUGGUGGUUAUAAAGGACGGACUGUACGCCAGGUAGCAGCUAAGGGGGGUCAUCUUCAAGGCAUUAAGAAGAAAUUAGUAGCAAGAGCUGAUAUUAAUGCUGCUGCUGCUACUUCUGAAAGAUAUGGUUUACUUCAGUUAGCAGCUGAGGGAGGCGAUCGUAAGAUUCUUAAGAAGCUACUAGGCGCAGGAGCUGAUGUUAAUACUGCUGGCGCGGCUUAUGAAGGAUAG